CCGAGACUUUCCCCCCGUCCAGAAAAGCUUCCUAGGGUUCUGCUCCCUCUCUCCUUCUCUCUCUCUCUCUCUCUCGCCAAUGGAAACCUAGGCCCGUCCAUGGAACCGACGCCUCUACGGUUUCCUUCUCCGUCCACGAUCGCGUCGCCAUGGGCGCUCUAACAAAGAACCGCAAGCGCCGCCUCGCCGGCGACCUCCGCCUCCCCUUCUCGUCGCACCCCGUCUUCGAUGUCGCCGCCGGACCCUCCCCACCCUCCAAGAAAGCCAAGAUUCCGUCUCCUCCGGCCGACUUCCGCCCUCUCACGCCCCCGGCGCCGGUGGCGGCGCCCCCCGCCGCUGCCCUUCGCCGGUUUCCUCCCGCCGCCCCUCUGCCUCGCCCCGUCCACGCCCCCCAGCGCAUCCUCAGGGCUUUCGGCCUCGGGUCCGUUGAGCCGAGCAGAUCACGGCUUUCGGAAUCAUAUCUGAAGCGAGAAGGGGGCUCCGAGAUGGAAAAUCUCGUGGCGCGGUUUCUCAAGGGGAAGAAAGCUGCAACCUUCACUCCGUGGCGGACGGGGAAGAGGGAGGACGCGUUGGUCCGUCCCCCUGGGAGCCAGGGUUCUGAGGAUAAUGAUGGGGCCGACGAACUGUUAGGAUUAGAUCAGUACAAGAGGUUAGUUAAAAGCGUGCAAGAGGGCAACUCGGUGGUCUCGGACCUGGGGUCUGUCAAGUUAGUGUUUCCUUCCUCGCCAUUUGGUUUGUCGGAUCGGAAAAUUGUGAACCAGAAGCUCGAGGAGACACCCAACUUGCAUGUGGCGAAUACGAAGGUUGACGAUGAAGGUAAGCUUGUGUCAGAAUGGACUCCAUCGUGGGAGGAGAAAGCUUCAGUCAAAAGGGGUCCUUUGUACAAGGAAUUGCACGUGGAAUCUGCUAGAAAACAUGAUUCAAAGUUGAGGGACUUGGAGCUUCAAGUGGAGUUGGCUGAGAAGAAAAUAUUCUCUUUCCGUUUGGUUCGCCAGGAGCAAGAGAAGAAAUUCAAGGAGGAUGUGCAUGAAGUAUUUCUCCCACUCACAGAUGAAGAAGAGGAGGAUGUUUAUCGUUCUUUGAAUGGUAGAAAUAGUCGUGAAAUCCUAGCCGUACAUGAGGCUUCCAACAUUCAUAUAACCAGAGAGGUCUUGCAGUGUUUGAGUUGCAAUGCUUGGUUAAAUGACGAAGUCAUAAAUUUGUACCUUGAAUUGUUGAAGGAGAGAGAGAAAAGAGAACCCAAGAAGUUUUUGAAAUGUCAUUUCUUCAGCACAUUUUUUUAUAAAAAGUUGAUAAACGGAAGAAAUGGUUAUGAUUACAAGGCUGUAAGGAGGUGGACAACACAAAAGAAGCUAGGAUACAGCCUUAUUGAGUGUGACAAAAUAUUUGUUCCUAUACACAAAGAAGUACACUGGUGUUUAGCUGUUAUUGACGUAAAGGAGAAGAAGUUUCUGUAUCUUGAUUCACUUGGUGGAAUAGACACAGCAGUUUUGAAAGUACUGGCGAAAUACUUAAUGGAUGAAGUAGAGGAUAAGACUGCAAAUCAGGUUGACACACUAUCAUGGAAGUUGGAAACAGUUGAUGACCUACCUUUACAAAAGAAUGGAUGGGACUGCGGAAUGUUCAUGCUCAAGUAUACAGAUUUCUAUAGCCGUGGCUUAAGCCUCUGCUUUAGUCAGGAUAACAUGCCAUACUUCAGGAAGAGGACUGCCAAAGAGAUUCUUAGACUGAGAGCUGAAUGAAGGAAAACAUGCCAUUGCACAAAUCCAAGUUAUGGCAUGAGAUGAAGCCUUCGGAGCAGCUGAUGAGCUGUGAAUAUGAAGUAGACCACCACUAGCGCUGGUCAGGGCUGGAAUGCUGGUUGGUACUCAACAGUCUUCUUCUUGGGUGAAUGAUCUAUCUGCAAAUCGGCUGCCAAUAGACCUGCAUAUAGAAUGACAUUUAUAUUAGACCACAACUUAGAUAAAGCAGGCUUACCUGGUCUUCAUGAAGGGCUUUAGAAAUAUAAAAUAGAGGAGUGUUUUUUUGUUUUUGUUUUCAGUUCUUUCCUUUUUCCAUUUUAUUAUUAUUAUAUAUUGUGUGUGUGUGUGUUGCUGUAAUCUUUGAUAGCCGGGGCUCGAUGUGUUUCGUAUAACUUUUCAUCUUUGAGAGCUUGUAACAGCCAACUCGACUUGUGUCGACUUUGGCUGUGUCAACUGUUUGUUCGAGUCGUGAGUUGUGUAUUCUUGUAGUUUUCAAGGCCUAUAUAAGGGACCUAAAAUUGGUCAACAUAUGGAAUGAACGACAACCACAAAGCAUUUGCUUGAUA